AUGCCGAAAAAGAAAGCAUCAGCGCCGUCGGUGGCUGAAAGCCAAUCCAGUGACCUGCCAGCAACAGGUUCUGAAUGGAAUGCAGAGCUGUUGGACAACUACAAGCGCUCUAUCACUGGACUCUUGGAUCUAUGGCCAGAUGUGGUGACCGAAGAUGCGUUGCUAGUGAGGGAUGGAGGACGUGAGGCCCCUUUCCACAGCUCCAACUUUACUGCUGUGAUGCUGAAUGAUGAUGCCAAGAAGAAGGUUUACAAAUGUGGCCAGAACUGGUUUCGUCACAACCUCUUUUGGAAUCCUACGUCAGGCGAAGUUGGCUAUCAAGGCGCUAUGCAGGCAGUUCCUGGAGAGGAGCCCAUGUUUGCGCGGGUGCGGAUGAUUUCCCCAGUGGAAAUGGACUACGCAUUUGUGUUUGCAGCUUGGAGGGACAAAGAUGACCACGUGAAAAUGGAUCAGUGGAAGAGGAACUUCGAAUUGCAGGGGGUUGCCUUGAAGCACAGCCCUCUCCAGCUGAUGUUUAGCGUUUUGGGAUUCAAGAAUGAAUAUGAACAGAAGCAUGGUCCGAUCAAGAGCGAAGCCCUGGCCAAGCGCUAUGAAGAUAGCAUUAUUUGGGCAAAUCCAGAAGUAUCUCCUUCAUUUGUCGACACCGCCUGCACUAUGGGGAACAGUCCACUGAAGGACUCGGUCAUUGCCUCAUCUGAGGUUUUGAAAGACCAGGAGCUGGCCAAUCUUCUAUUGGCUGCUGAUGAAGACCGAAAAAAUCCGUUCAAUUCAUGGUACGAUGGUGUCAAGAACGGCUAUCUUGGGAAAGAUGCCACCAGCAACAGGAAUCUGCAAAGUCUGACUUGCCGCAUUCUCUUGGCCCAACAGACGAAGGAAAACACCAGUGAUGAGACAUGGCGAGCAGGAUGGCCGGAGUCUGCAGAGAGGUUCUGGCAGUUGGUGCGUGGAUGUGUCUAUGACCUUGAGUAUUGGAGCUGCUUGACAUGCCUGGUCAAGAACAGGAGGUCCACCACGGAGUUCCUUGAAGCACCUCAGCUUGCUGAUGAGCUUCAGCAAAUUCAAGAUGGGAUGAGACAGGAGUACAAGGACAAAAGGACCGCUGAGAACAAGGGCAAGAUUGAUGAGGAGCCAGAGGAUCUGAGUGAUGAUGAAGGUGAAAAAAAAGAAGACCCGAUCAGGACCAUUUGCACCCACAUGGUGAUUGGUGAGACGGACAAGCCUGACCUUCCCUUCAAGAAGGAUGCCAAUACGGAGGAAAUGACCAAGCUCCAUGACAAACUGAUGGCGUUCAAGAAACUUGCCCAAAGGAAGGUGGCAACGAACAUCAAGCUGAUCGUUGAGCCCAACAAUGAAAGCGACCUGGUGGAUUUGUAUAUGGAUACCUUCCUGAAGGAUUACACCAGCGAGUGGCGGACAUUGCAUCCAGGAGAAGACCCGCAUUGCGUGUCCACCUUGGUGCACGUGUUUGACAGCAAGAAAGCUUCAGAGGCUGGUAGCCAACCCAAAGUGCGACCACCACCUUUGAAGGAUGGCCGCCUGAUGAAGCUGCUCUCAGCCAUCUCGCGAGUUCGCUUCAAGGACAAUUGCGAUGGUGCCCCUACGUUUGCCCCGGGCGACUUCAUCAUGCUGAAUGAUGGUGGCCGACCAGGAAACAAGUCAGUGCUUACUACCUUGAAGAAGGGAGAAGCAUCAGUCCAGAGAUGUGAGAGAACAAUGAUGGUGAUCUACGAUGAGGAGUCGAUCAUGGAAAGGCGUGAAAGGCGAAACACCCAUGCGAUCAAGCAGUCCGAGAACAUCCACUUGCUGAUGCCCCCUACAUCUUUGAAAGUGCUGAAGAAAACCAGGAUCAACUACAAUGGCACCAACCGUGGUGAUGUAAUCUAUGGAGUCAAGAUGCCGUCUUUUGACAGCUGCUGGCGGAUAACUGUGGGGGAGAAGAAACUUCUCUUCGGUAAGCACCGUGUGGCAGUUGGAGGUCAAGCCCCAGAAGGAGCAGAGAAUGAAGGACGUCGAUCAGAUGCCAUGGAAGAGCCCGCCUUCUUCCAUGCUGGACCAUGGUCGCUGGAUGAAGAGCUGGUUCAUGACUUCUCAGAUGACCAGAAGAAACGUGAGAAAGACAAGGCCAAGGAGGAGAAGGCAAAAAAUAAGAAGACCCGUAAGGAUGUUGAGGAGGAGGAGGAUGUUGAUGAUGGAGAAAAUGAAGAAGAUGCUGCUGCCCAAGAAGAAAAGUCCGAUGAUAAUGAAGAUGUGAGCUUUGGAAGCAAUGGGGAUGCUGAUGAGGUUUCAGAGGAAAGAGGUGGUGAGAAAACCCCUGCAUGGUUGAACAGUGCUGGUGAGGAGACGUCAGAGCCGGAAGAUGUUGACAGCCAUGAGGUGACAAAGCUGAAGAAGGAGGCUGAGGCAGCUGCAGCUGCCCCAAAGGAUCAGGUUGAUGAGAUGGAGGAUGAGCCAAGUGUUCGAGCUGAUGAGUCGGAUGUGGAGGAAGAGCCUGAGCCUGUGAAAAAAAAGACGAGUGGAAAGGACAGCAAGAAGCGAAAGGAUGCCACCAAGGAUGCCGAUGCCGUUGCUUCCAAGUUGCGCAAGAUGGCCAAGGGCAAGACUCGAGCUGGCACUGCCUGA